AUGUCGUCCCCGCCUCGUCGUUCUAGCCUCGGAAUGUUACUUCGUCGCAGCAAGAGCAGCGACCUGAAAAGGCAGCAGGCUGCUCGGGAGCUGGAGCUCCAGCGCCAGCGUGAUGCUAUUCCUCGGUCCCCACCGCGCCUGCCCAUUCUUUACAAUGGCGCUCCUACACCUGGGCUAGGUCUCGGCAGUGAUGCUCGUCCCGACUCCAUCUCCAUCGUUUCUGGAAGAGCCGACCAAAUGGCGUCUGCUACACCCAGAGCUUCAAUCGACCCGCCUCGCUCCGCGAUCAGCCUCCAACACCCCCCGCUUCCCAACGGCGGCUUUGAUCCUUACGCGGGGGCCGGCAGCAUGGCGCAUAGGGGCCGCUACAGCUACGCGAGCAGCGCCAUCAGUACCAUCAACAGCCCUAGAAGGGUUCGGAGGAGGAAGGAUCCCACUCCCUUCAACAUCCUCAUCGUUGGCACUGCCAAUUCGGGCAAAACUUCGUUUCUCGAGUUCCUCAAGACAGCGCUCGCUCUCCCCGCGAGGAAGCGGUCCAAGAUUCCGUCCGAUACCGAUGAGCCCCCAAGGGUCGCCCCCUCCGGCAACUUCAUCCCCCACUAUCUGGAGACCGAAAUCGACAGCGAGCGUAUUGGACUAACGCUUUGGGAUUCGGAGGGCCUGGAGAAGAAUGUUGUGGACCUGCAACUCCGCGAGAUGUCAAGUUUUCUCGAGAGCAAGUUUGAAGAGACCUUUGCCGAAGAGAUGAAGGUGAUCCGAUCUCCCGGCGUGCAGGAUACCCACAUUCACGCGGUGUUCCUUGUCCUGGAUCCGUCCCGCCUUGACCGGAACAUCGCCGCAGCUAGAGGCGCGGCAACAAAAGGCCAUCACAAUGGAGGGAAACACUACCCUCAUAGUCGCAUCUUGGGCGGCUUAGAUGAAGACCUGGAUUUGCAGGUCUUGCGCACGUUGCAAGGCAAGACGACAGUUAUCCCGGUCAUCGCCAAGGCCGAUACGAUCACCACCAAACACAUGAACAUGUUGAAGAAGACGGUAGCGGAGAGCCUCAAGAAAGCAAAUCUUGACCCGCUGGAAGCUCUGGGCCUUGACGAUGACGACGACGACUCGGUUACCGAUUCCAACAAGAUCGAUGAGGUAGACGAGGAACAGGUGUCCGACCCCAGCGACGAAGACGCUGUCAUUGAAACCGACGAGCAGGACCCAGAGCAGCCUAUCCCAGUCCAUGGUUCUUCCCCCAAGUCCAAACGACUUUCCAGUGGCUCCCCCCGCCAGAAAAAGACUUCAGAAGAUGACCAGAAGGAAGAAGAGGCCCCUUUCCUGCCUCUCUCGAUCUUGAGCCCGGACAUCUACGAGCCCGAUGUUAUCGGCCGGCAAUUUCCGUGGGGAUUUGCUGAUCCGUACAACGAGCAGCACUGCGAUUUCGUUCGGCUCAAGGAGACUGUCUUCAGCGAGUGGCGAGGCGAGCUUCGUGAGCUUAGCAGGGAGCAGUGGUAUGAGGGCUGGAGGACGAGCAGGCUCAAGCAGGGGACCCAGCCUCGUCGGUGA